CAUACUUCGGGGCCAAACACUCUCACACUUGCGAUAGUGUUAUGUGUAAAGCAAUGAACGCUAUAUUGAAGUGAAACAACAAAUUGACAAUUGGUUUGCAAAUUGUGUUUCAUUUGAUUCACCGAUUGUUGCACUCAAACAGUGUUGUUGUCGUCGUUGUGGUCACCGUCGAAGACACGGAUCAACUCAUAACAAGAUGUUGGUGUUAGUGAUGGGCGACACUCACAUCCCCUACAGGUGUCACUCACUUCCGGCCAAAUUCAAGAAGUUGUUAAUUCCCGGACGUAUUCAACACAUCUUAUGUACGGGUAAUCUCUGUACCAAAGAGUCGUUGGACUACUUGAAGACAUUGGCCACUGAUGUCCAUAUAGUUAGAGGCGAUUUCGACGAUAACACGUCAUACCCCGAGCAGAAGGUGGUGACUGUGGGACAGUUCCGGAUCGGCUUAUGUCACGGCCACCAAUUGGUCCCGUGGGGUGACAACGAGAGUCUGGCGUUGAUUCAGCGACAACUGGAUGUGGAUAUACUGAUCACAGGACACACGCAUAAGUUUGAGGCCUACGAAAGUGAGGGUAAAUUUUACAUAAACCCGGGCUCUGCCACCGGCGCCUACACCGCACUCGAGAGUAACGUGAUUCCAUCGUUUGUCUUAAUGGACAUCCAGUCGACAACAAUUGUCACUUAUGUGUAUCAACUCAUUGGCGACGAAGUGAAGGUCGAAAGGAUUGAAUACAAGAAAUCAUAGAUUGGAUUCAAUUGUUGUUUUAGUUCUCUCUCGAUUUACAAACAAAUGUUGUGUUAUUUUUAGACCGAAA